UCACGUGAGGAGUUAUUUUCACAUUCACAGCGAUGCAUUUGUUGCACAGCGCCGAUUCAUAUAAUACGGUUAAAGCGUAAACAAAUCUCCGUGUCUGAGGAAAUUUAAACACAGCAGUGUGGUUGACAUGGACGAGGACGGGUUACCCAUAGUGGGAUCUGGAAUAGAUCUUACAAAGGUUCCAGCCAUUCAACAGCGCCGAAUCGUGGCUUUCCUCAACCAGUUCAUCGUUCACACGGUCAGAUUCUUGAACCGGUUUUCAACUGUCUGUGAGGAGAAACUGGCUUCAAUAUCGCUACGAAUCCAGCAAAUUGAGACCACACUCAGCAUUUUGGAAGCAAAGUUGACCUCUAUCCCGGGUUUGGAAGAAGUGACAGUGGAUGGAGUAAGACCAUCUGCAGAAACUAAUGGUCCCACGGUGGAUGGCAGUCAUGGCACAGUCUCCACGGCUCCCUUUCUAGAAGCAACUCGGGAAGUACAGAGGGUCCCUCUGGAGCUGAAAGCAGAGGCCCUGGUGGAAAAUGUGAUGACUGUAGCCAAAGACCCGCGAUAUGCCAGAUAUCUGAAAAUGGUGCAAGUGGGUGUUCCAGUCAUGGCUAUUAAAAAUAAGAUGGUAUUGGAGGGUUUGGACCCCAGUUUGCUCGAUACCCCUGAUGCACCUGUUCCAGAUGGUGUCAAAAAAGGGGCGGAUGAGCAAGACGAUGACAGCUCAGGCAGUGAAUCAUCCUUCAGCGACUGAUUGGUCCCUCCCCCAGGCUAACAAACUUUGUAUUGGACAGACCUGGACAGGCCGUCAUGUACAUUGCUCAUCUCAAAGCAGGGUAAAUGCACUUAAAAUUCCUUACAUGGGACAGACAAGCUGCCAUCAUUAGACAGAGUGUGUGUAUUUGGGUUAGAUAAUGCCGUGACACUCUAGUGAGGGUACCAUGUUUGUGUUACAUCUCGGAGAGAACAUACCAGACAUGCCGCCCCGGAUAGUGGUGGCUUCUGAAAGCAGCUGCUCACUGGGUGAGAUUGAUUUGUGAUUAUUUUAUAAUUAGUCCAUUUAAAUUUACUUAAGUGCUACUCUUAUUCAAGUGAAUCUUUUCCUGUAUGUUACAUGCCAAAAAUGUACAUCUAAUAACAAUAAAUGAUACCAGUGACUGUAUUUUAUUAAAUAGGCACAAGCAGCUUUGACACUGUUUGGAAGUUGAUAUGAAAACUGUAAUUCAGUGUUCAAUGUUCAUAUCGGAUUGAAUGAGUUUUGUGAAUUAAUCUUGCAUUGCAAUCGGAGCACAUUUUUGUAGUGACAAAAAAAAUGUGUACAAAUUAUUUGACUAAAAAUAAAGAAAAACUCUGGGUUACAGUGAGGCACUUCCAAUGGAAGUGAAUGGGGCCAAUCUGUAAAUGUUAAAAUACUCACUGUUUCAAAAGUACAGCCAUAAAAUGUAAACAACAUGUGUGUUAAAAUUAUUUUAGUGUGAUAAAAUUGCUUACUAACCUUUUCUGUGUAAACAAAGCCAAUUUUACAACUUCGUUGCCAUGAUGGCGUAAUGUAAGUGCUUAUAUAAAAUUAUAUUCUUCACAUUUCUUCCUUUUUAACCCCCCAAAAAUCAGCCCCAUUCACUUCCAUUGUAAGUGCCUCACUGUAACCUCCAUUUUUUUCUUUUCUUCAAAGAAAAGGACAGACAAGUUUAAAUAUUAUAUAUAAUAAUUAUGCAACAAAUGCUGUUCAAAAAGGUGCAUUCAGUCAUUUUUUCCCCAUUAAAAGUUUUAUUCCUAAAGAAAUGAAUUGUAAUUUUGAAACAUAUGUAUAAAAUCAUGACAACUCA